UUAGUUUUUUCUUUUGUUAUACUUUAUAUAGUGUUUGCUAAAGCAGAACUUUUCGGCUUUUGGGUCAUUUGCUCAUCAUGCUGUCAUACCUGCUGGUCCUCGCAGUCCUAGUGACUGUCGAUGCUCAGAUAAUAAAAGGUGAACAGAAGGAUGAUUCCUGCGUGUGUAAAUUAAGCAGCUCUAUCUGGGGUUUUCCUACGGCGAGGUUUGAGGCAGCUCAAAACCAAGUCCAGACCUGUGAGGAAAACCUUAUUGAGUUUCGUAAGAAGAUACAGGCCAGUAAUCUACAAAUGCCUAAGUUAGAACUCAGUCUUAAGAACAUCAGAACCCGGCUGAAACCAUUCGAGUAUCUGGACACAAACGGCCUGUACAACGCUCUUCACCUGCAACAGCUGGUACAGGAACUUGACCAAAUGUAUUCUACUGCCAGUGAUGUUCAGAAGAAAACCCCCAGCAAAGAGACAGAAGGCCUUCUAAAGGAGUUGACUAAUGCAAAGAAGGAAGCCCAGGACAUGUACAAAGAUAAUAUGUUCAAUCUAGAGACAAUGAAAUCGAAGCUACUUGACCUCAACAACCGAGUACAGACCUGUAAAACUAUACCUGAAGACUUCAGAAGCACUUGUCAUCAGCGUAUCAUGUCCAGCAUAAGUUCUCCAGUCGUUACCAAACUCAAUUCCAUCAGCAAGUCCUACAUCUCAGGUGCUUGGGGUCGCGAUGCGAAGCAGAACAGCAAGGAACGCUACUUUGAACACUGUCUGAUGAGCGGAAACCAGCUUGGCAUCACAAUCAGGAUGUACAACUCAUACGAAGAUUUCAUGGCCAGCAAGAACUACAAGGACGAAACGAUAGCAUCAUACUACACUGACAAAAAUGCUGUUCAGGGCUCUGGGACAAUAUUGUACGACAACACUGUAUUUUACCAAUGCUACGGCACCGCUGAGAUCUGCAGCUUCAACAUUACGACAAAAGCAACCAAGCGUAUGAAAAUGGAUGGUGCUGAAAUCAACAACAAGUUCCCCUUCUGCUACUACAGCUGCCGUGAUUGGACAGACAUCGACCUGGAGGCUGAUCAGGACGCCGUGUGGGUGAUAUAUGCCACCGAGGAGAACCACGGUAACAUUGUUGUGAGCCGCUUAGACCCGCUGUCACUCAAUAUCACUCAUACCUGGAAGACGCGUCUCUUCAAGAAGUCCGUCACCAACACGUUUAUGGUGUGCGGGGUCCUGUAUGCUACACGCUUUGUUAAUACUUACCAAGAAGAGGUGUUUUAUGCUUUUGAUACAACCACUGGUCAAGAGAUAAACACUCUUUCUUUGCCUUUUGAGAAGGUUUCUUCUGGAAUAGCUAAUCUGAACUACAAUCCUGUAGACAGGAGGCUUUACAUGUAUAAUGAUGGCUAUCUUUUAGCAUAUAACACCUUCAACUGAGGGUCUUUCAUGCACAGCUAAUACAAAAUAUGUAACCCAAAAGUCCAAAUUUCACAG